UCUGAUUCUGUCUAAUUCCGUUAAAGCUUUCGUUUUUAAUUUUAUUUUUUGUUAGUCUACCGAACAAUCUAAAGUCUAAACCACCCAAAAAAUCCUGGAUUUUUCGUGCUUAACUUUCUUUCUGGAACCCAAUAAGUUUCUCUGAAAUUGAAUUAGUUUUCUCUCCAUCUCCUCCCCUUUUGGCCAGAAAGGAAAAAGAAUCUAGUAGCACUUGGGCAUUAUGGGUGUGAGAGUAGGGCUUUUGCUUCUUGUUGUACUGGGCAUCAGCUGGGCUUGGGUGGAUGCUAGGACCAUAAUGAUCUCUGAUCUUUCAGGUAAGCAGAUAAGUUAUGAGGUGCCCAAAAGCAAGAUUCAAGCUGCCACAAUUGCUGCAAAAGAUGAAAGAGUGUGCACCUUGUGUGAACAGUUCACUGCCCAGGCAGUACAGUACCUUAGCGAAAACAAGACCCAGAAACAGGUCAUCGAGGAUCUUCAUCUUGCCUGCCAUAAGUUGCACUCCUUCAAGCAGCAGUGCAUCACGUUAGUGGACUACUAUGCCCCACUUUUCUUCAUGGAGCUUAGUACGAUCCACCCGGAGGACUUCUGCGUGAAAAUGGAUCUUUGUGACCAGGAGUUAAUUGCUUUUCCAGAACAGAAACAAGAUGGCUGCACACUGUGUCAUCAUGCUGUUGAAGAAAUUUUGGUCAAGUUGAAGGAUCCAGACACACAGUUAGAUAUAAUCGAGAUUUUUCUAAAGGGAUGUGAUGCAGUGGAGAACUAUGUGAAGGAGUGCAAAAAGCUGGUUUUUGAGUAUGGGCCCCUGUUGAUGGACAAUGCGGAGCAGUUCCUUGAAAUGACAGACGUCUGUGCUGUUCUCCAUGCAUGUAAAACUUCAGUUACGGGGGUUGGAGAAGCAUCUCCCAUGUUGAGCAUGGUGUCUGAAUCUUAAAGCUGGAAGCAGAGAUAGGUCAGAACAACAGAGGGAAUAUGUCUUAUUAAGAAGAGGAAGCCAUGGCAUUUGCUGAUCGCAGAGUCCAUGCUUUCCUCUCUCAUAAAUGUUCAACAAGUAAACUAAGAUAUGUCUGUAUGUUGUUGUAUAGUGUACAUUUUUCAAAGGGUAAGACUUAUUUGAA